CAAGCCUAGGUGGAGAAAUUCUGCAAAAUGCCAGAGAGGGUCCUCUGCGGCUAGCAGUUUGCAGUGUCUGCGGAGAGCAAGUCUGAGCCUGAUGUUCCCCAGUGCUGGGAGAAGAGAUUGAACUGCGUACGGGUUUUAAGCUGGGAUUGUGAGAGAACCCGAAAGAGGAGAAGCGGCCAUGUCCUUGGGGGAAUUAGGCCUCAGGACAGAGUUGCUCUAAGGUCAAAAAGAGACACUGCUGGGACCGAGAUCCUUUGUAAACUCACCUUGCCGUGCAACCGCUGCUGGUCAUCGGAGACGUCUCCAUUGGUCAACCGGUUGGACUUUGUGUGAUCUGGAGAAAGCGAGCGGAGGGGAAAAUAUUAACCACCUGCUGUCCGUUGCGUGGAGUGGACGUUCGGCCCCGUCAGCAGCACCUGAGCAGCUGCCGAAAACCAGCGAUGGCGCAUGUGGGGCCCACUAGCCUCUAGGACCAUGAAGUUUUGGCUAUGGGGAUACCUGUUCCAGUCGGCCCGGACACCUCGCUCAGGGCAGGGCCAGGCUCAGGGCUUGUCAGUCACACGGCCGACCACAGUUUCAAGGGGGCCGGCUCUUGGGAAGACCCCACACUGGAAGUGCAUCCUGGCCAGCCGUCCUGAUGUCAUUCGCCAGUCCUUCUUAGAGCAGCAACCCCCUAAGCAAGCAGGAGGGUCUUCUUGUGCCCACCCCCCUGCAGAGGGGAGACUGAGGCCGGAGGAGAGGGGCUUGUCUGAGGACACGGAGUGAGUGUGUGGCAGAGGAAGGCCGGGGGGGGGGGGCAGCUCAGCCACUUGGCAGACACACGGAGAGUUCCUGGGGUCUGGUCUGGAGAGACAGAGGGCCCUGGAGUUGCUCUCCGCGUCAGGGAGAAGCCUCGGGCAGAUUCCCAGGCUGGACUGUGGGCUGGAGCCCUCCGGGACAGGAGGGGGGGGGAAACGGAAGGAGUUAAAGCACAAAGGAAUGGAAGGUGCAGAUAAGGGAGUCUGUCAACACUGCAGGCUGAUAAACUGGAGCUGAAGUGGAUCUGUCAAGCCCCAUUGGAAACUGGAGGAGAAAUCUGGCAUUUUGUCUUGGAAGCAAAGCAACAAUAAACAAAAAACGCAAAACGCAAAUGGACACCAUGCAAACGGACUCCAAGUGCCCAACUCCUGUCCCUGAUUCUGACGCUGGAAGCCUCACCGGUCUUAUUUCUGCCGCUGUUGAAGAGGAGAAAGGGUGACAACCCAAAGAUGUCAUGGUUGAAAGUGGUUGUAAUUUCUCUUGGAUCUAGAGUUGGGGUUUGGGGGUUCAAAACCAAACCUGGAGUUUGCUGUGCUCAGAUCAAGUCGUGGGAUUCUAGAAGGAGAGAAAAUUCCAUUUGUGGCUUGAGCAAGACAGAGAAUCACAGAGGGGGGCAGACGGAUGGGGAAGUGGGCCAGGAGGAGGGGUUCGCAGUGCCUGAAGUUGACCUAAUAGCUUGCCUCUCCCCCCACCCCGCAGGGCUGAUUCCUUUCCUGUUGAUGUUGGGAUUCUUGGCCUCGGCUCUACUCACCCCUCCACAGCCCAUCUGCGACCCCCGCGUCAUGGGCAAAUUCAUCCAAGAAGCCAGCAAGGCCGAAAGUGAGAUUAGGCAGUUCUGCAACACUUCUUGUGACUUAUCCGAAAGCGCCGUGGUGCCAGACACCAAAGUGAAUUUCCACACCUGGAAAACCAUGCCUAGGGCAAGGCAGGCACUGGAGGUGUGGAGAGGCCAAGCCCUGCUCUCGGCAGCCGUCGACCAAGCCCGGGUCUCCGGCCAGCAGCCAGCUCUGCAGACCUUCCUUGCCAGACAGCUCCAGGUGAUGACCAGCACACUGCGCAGCGUCCGGGAGAUCCUGCGUGGCCACAACAUCGAGGCAGCCCUCGGAUUGCAAGAUGCAGCCCCCACCCCCAUAUCCCGCCUGAGUGUACGGACUGUGGAAAAGCUGUUCAGUGUUUAUUCGAACUUUCUUCGCGGAAAGGUCAACCUGUACAUUACUGCUGCCUGUCGAGUCAACGGCAGGUGAUGGAAGGAUGGGCCGGGCCGCUCUCGCCACUCCGCCUGCCGCCCCCCACGGUGAGGGGGUGAGCCCACGCCACGGUUGCCAGCUGAGAGGGGGCCAGCUUGAUUGACUGCUGGGUGCCAGUCACACACACGCACACACGCACGCACGCAUGCGCACCUGGCUGGCACAUCUGGAUUGCAGUUCUCAGACAAGAGGGAGUUGCUUCGUCCUGCUGGGAGUGGCGAGGCCUGAAAAGCCGCCGCCGCUGCCGCUCCUUCUGGCCUGGACACACACACACACAACACACACAGAGGCAGGCGCUUCCUGCUGUGCUCCAGGCGCUGAGCACCGAGGCCUGUUUGGCGGAAGUCGCUCUGCCGGGAGGGAGAGGGGGACCAGCCCAGAGGAGCCACCAGCCCAGCGUGCGGCUCAGGCCCUUCACGGGGGAGGCAAACCCGCCUGCUUGUUGCUCCUUCCCCCUUUGCUGAAACCACCUUGGCCGCCCUGGGAGGAAGGGAUUCCUUUGUUGUCAGGACUGGGGCUGCGUCUGCCCAGGGAGAGGAGAGCGGCAGGGGGUCAGCGGGGUGUCAGCAGGGUGCGCUGCUGCGGAGGAGGAGGAGGAUCCCUGGCUCCGGCGGCUAGCAGAGAGCAGGGCUGGCUGGCCCGCCAGGACCCACUGCAGCCGGAGUGCCCAGAGCCCUGCAGACCGCCCCCCCAAAGGGCUGCCCCCCCCCCCCGAUCUCCUCCACACAGGCCACCCCAAGCAAUCACUGGGGUUGCUUUUGCAGGGUGGAGGGGUGGGGUGGGGUGGGGUGGGGUGGGGGGCUGGCUGGGAGGGACUGGAUGAGACAGAAAUCAUCAGAGGCGAGGUUUUGCAGGGCGGGGGAGAAGCACAGUGAGGAUCUGGUGCAAGGAUGCAAGGGAUGGGGGGGCGGAGGGACCCACACACGCAACAGACAGCAGGCUUGGGGGCUCCUGUCUGGGCACGAAAGGAGGGCUGCCAAGGUUCAGCACUGGGGGUCAUCUGGAACUGGCUUCUGAGGGUCCCCCGUGCAUUCAGGGGGCUUCUGCACCAGCCUCUCGCUCUGGGACUCACCGGUUUUGACGGUGAAGCUGGAGGACGUGGCGGUCAGUCUGCUGCCCACAGGCCUUUUCUCUGCUGCCCUUCUGUGGCAAAAUGUUGUCUGCCACAAAAUGCAGCGGCUCCUCUGGCCUGUCCAGUCUACCGAGACGGGAGGGAGGCUUUUCCUAGGCCCCCCGAGGAGGAAACGUCCUCUCUGCAAGCCCUGCCUGUUUCCUGACGGUCUCAACUUUGGGCCCAUGAGCCAGCUGGAGUCAGUGGCCAGCAGUGCCCCCCCCCCGCCCCCCAUGGCAGGGAUUCUCAGAUGUGGCUGACAAAAUCUCCCAGCACCCUCAGCUGCAGCAGCCUUUGGCUGGGGACUAUGGGACUUGUAGUCAACCGCAUCUGGGAAUCCUGCUAGAGGGAACCACUGGGGGUCAGUCGCAUCGGACUGGAGUGUGUGUGUGUGUGGGGGGGGGGAUGCCCAUGGUAAUUUUCAACCAGCUCUACACCCCGAGCCUUGCAGGAUUCCUCCCAGCUUCCAGGGUGUGGCCCUGCUUGCCUCGCCCUGACCAUGGCGCAACUUGCAGUGGUCUUCCAAAAGCUUUUGCAAGUUAACACACACACACACACGACCAUCAAGUUUGAUCAGUCUGGCCAAGGGAUGGAAAGGGAAGCUGGCUGGAAUGUCCUCCAAAGACGACUCCGUGGAGAGGGAGGGGGCAGCACUUGGCUCACUGUUGCCCCUUUGUCUGUGUAACAAUGGCAGGGACAUAGGGACAUAGGAACAGAGGAAGCUGCCACAUACGGAGUCAGACCAUUGGUCCAUCUAGCUCAGGAUUGUCUUCACAGACCGGCAGCGGCUUCUCCCAGGUGGCAGGCAGGAAUCUCUCUCAGCCCUAUCUGGAGAUGCUGCUGCCAGGGAGGGGACUUGGGACCUAGAUGCUCUUCCCAGAGCGGCAGCUCCAUCCCCUGAGGGGAAUAUCUUGCAGUGCUCACACAUCAAGUCUCCCCUUCAUAUGCAACCAGGGUGGACCCUGCUUAGCUAAGGGGACAAGUCAGGCUGGCUACCACCAGACCAGCUCUCCUCUCCUAGCUCAGUAUUGUCUACCCAGACUGGCAGUGGCUUCUCCAAGGUUGCAGGCAGGGGCCUCUCUCUCAGCCCUGUCUUGGAGAUGCUGCUGCCAGGGAGGGGACUUGGAGCCUAGAUAGAUGCUCUUCCCAGAGCAGCUCCAUCCCCUGGGGGGUGGGAUAUCUUGCAGUGCUCACACUUCUAGCCCUCCCUUCAUAUGCAACCAGGGGGGACCCUGCUUAGCUAAGGGGACAAGUCAGGCUGGCUACCCACAAGACCAGCUCUCCUCUCCAGGGACAAAGAAGGGGUGAUAGAGAGCUGUGAAUGCAAUAAGGCUAACACCUCUUUUCCAUCUCUAGUUGGGAGUUAGACAUUGCCAAGGAUCACGAUGAGAGCCUUCACCCCGAGAUAGGCCAUGGGUGGGCCAGCCUCAUGGACUAAAUCGAUUCUGACUCCUGGUGCCCACAAAGCCCUGUGGUUGUCUUUUGGUAGAAUACAGGAGGGGGUUGACCGUUGCCUCCUUUCAUGCCCGUAUGAGAUGAUGCCUUUCAGCACCUUUCUACAUCGCUGCUGCCCAAUAUAUUACUAGCUGGGAUUCAAACCGACAACCUUCUGCUUGUUAGUCAAGCAUUUCCCUGCUGCCCCACUUUGAGUAGCCUCUCUAAAUGGCCCCAGGUCAGUUUCUGAUCCUUGGUGCAGAGUGCGGGAGGAGGUUUGCAUUACCAGUUUCCGCUCAUUGUUUUUUAGAAUUGCUUUUGUAUAGGAAUAGCACUGUUUUAUGCUAUUAAAGACGGCAGGGGAGGGGGGAACCACAGAAACCGUAAUUAAAGCCUCUCAUCCCACAGGAAUAGAAACAGAGACUGGGGCAAGGAGAAGGACUAUUCAUGGGCAAUUAAUUACUCACCCUCUAGGCCAAAUCAAAAUUGGGCUGCAAAUUUGCAAAAAAAGAUCUGAAAUGCAAUUUUUUUUAAAGGAACCUUGGAAAGGACUUUUGCUGACUGGGGCUUACUUAUGAGUAGACAUGGUUGAAGGAGCAUGGCCACAGGCAAGGUAUUGUCAGGUAGUAUAAAGCUAAGUUAGUCACACAAUUUUUACUUUGCAAAAGGGUAGAACCAUGAAAGCCACCUAUACAGAAGCUACAUGGGAUGUUUUUUUUCUGGACUUCUACACACACACACACACACAACUUGGGAAGCCAAAGGAAAGAGGUUUUGCUGUAAAUUGUUGGAGCAGUUCGAGUGGAAAGGGACAUCUUUAAGAUUGCAAAGCAUCUGUGCCUUAACAGGUCCGAAGUGGAGGGUGGGGGGUGUACUGGUAUUGUGACUGGCAGAUAUUUGGCCCCCCUCUGGCUUGGACAUGGUGGGUGGCUGAGUGCGGGUGGGAGAAACUGGCACCUCUUGCUCGGACCUGAGGAGACGAGUGAUUGACAGCUUCCAACUCUGGUUUCUGUGCUGAAGCCAGGAUUGUUCCUUUGGCUGUUUCCCAGAAGGGGAUAAAGGACUUCCGAGUCAUGCUGAGGCUGGAUAUGUAUAGUUUUGUGCUAAAGGACUUUAUGAGAGUUUAUAUUUGAUACUAACUUAAAAUAUGUUGUCUGUAUAUUUAUCUGGUUGACUUCAGAGAGCAGCUGGUUUGUAAACUGGGUUCCAGAAGGGAAGAUUCCUGGUGGUGUCUUUUUGUAGUUCCUGAUUAUCUUCAUUAAAGGUCAUCUUGCUUCCCAGAAAA